AUGCCUAUGGAGCGUGGGCAUCAACAAAAUCGUAGACUGCUACAAAUUAAAAGAAAAAUAUUUCGUAGAAUCUAUGGACCCAAAAGAAACGAAGAGAACACGUUUGAACGAAGAACUAAUGCAGAGUUGAGAACAAUAUUCAAUGAAACAAACAUAGUAGGAAUUCUUAAAAGAAGACGGAUAAGCUGGGCUGGACACGUUUGGAAAGCGGAGGGCCAAAUAGUGCAUAACAUCACAUGGAAACCAGACAAGAAACGGCUGAGAGGGAGACCAAGACAACUAUGGUCUGACCGAGUCAGAGACGACCUUAAGUUCAUGGGAAUACGAGAGGGAGAACGACUGGCGAAGAACAGAGAAGUUUAG